AAAGACGAAUAUAAAACACUGAUAAUUUAUUUAGUUCACUCGGUAUUGCGUAUAACGGAAAGUGCCCUAAACGCUGACGUUUCCAUUGGCCGGCGAUUGACAAUUUUCGUUCGUGCUUCGUGUAUUUUAUCCCAACAAAAAACCACAUAAAAAUGACUUUGGAAAUCGAGUCUAUGGUGCGCUAUGCCUCGCCCAUCAACCCGGCGAUUUUCCCGCACCUAACGAUGCUUCUACUGGGCAUCGGCAUCUUCUUCACGGCGUGGUUCUUCGUGUACGAAGUCACAAGCUCAAAAGGCAACCGGGACCUGUUUAAGGAACUUCUCUUGUCUCUCGUAGCAGCUCUGUUCUCUGGCUUUGGUAUCCUAUUCUUACUGCUGUGGGUCGGGAUAUACGUCUAACAAUCGCCAAGUUUUAGUUUGUAAGCUAUUAUUAUGCACCAUUCCUGGGAGGUAUGUGGGACUGAGUUGUCUCUGAUGAGAAAAUUUUAUAUUUUAAGAAGUAAAAUUUAUGCUAUCUA